AUGGCUAUCCGUAUGCCUCGUAUAAUCAAGAAGUCUUUGACAACUAAAGAUGUUCCGAAAGGCCACUGUGCUGUGUAUGUUGGGGAGGAACAGAAGAAGAGAUUUGUGAUCCCUAUAUCAUUCUUGAACCAACCUUUAUUUCAAGACUUGCUUAGCCAAGCUGAGGAAGAAUUUGGUUUCGAUCAUCCAAUGGGUGGUCUCACAAUACCUUGCAAAGAGGAUGUCUUCAUUAACCUUACUUCUCGUUUGAGAAACUGAUAUGGAAACUUGCUUUCACAAUUUUAUAGAAAAGUAAAGCAGGAUUUGAAGAGUCUGUAAAGUUUAGGAGUUGGAAGAAAACAGUAGUUGAUGUUAGAACGAAGGUUAUUGCCUCUGACUAGAUAGAUUAGUACUUAUAUUUACUACGCCGGAUUGUUAUUCAUGUCAAAGAGAUGAAUGACCUUUGGCAAUUGAUCAAAAAGAUAUUGAAGUUUUGGUAAUUUUCUCCUAAUCUUUUAAUUAAUAGACACAUUCAAUUAGCAUUUGGUAA